AUAUUACGAAAGGUUUUCUUGACGUUUCGUGGUGGUUUUCUUCUUUCCUUCCUUUUCUUGUGUGUUUUUACUCAAAAUGGGUAUUAGCCGUGAUAGUGCUCAUAAGCGCAGAGCCACUGGUGGUAAACGCAAACCAUUGCGUAAGAAGCGCAAAUUCGAGUUAGGUCGUCCAGCAGCCAACACAAAGUUGGGUGCUCCUCGCGUACACAAAGUUCGAACCCGUGGCGGGAAUAUUAAAUUGCGAGCUUUGCGUUUGGAAACUGGUAAUUUUGCCUGGGCUUCAGAAGGCAUCGCCCGCAAGACACGUAUUGCUGACGUCGUCUAUAAUGCAUCCAACAAUGAGCUGGUGCGAACCAAAACUUUGGUAAAGAACACCAUUGUUGUGAUUGAUGCCACGCCAUUCCGGCAAUGGUAUGAAUCCCAUUAUGUGUUGCCAUUGGGACGUAAACGUAACCCCAAGCAGCAACAAAAAGAGGAUGAAGAUGAUGUCCUGAACAAAAAACGGAGUGAAAAGACAAUGAAGAAGUAUCUAGAGCGUCAAAAACACGCGAAAGUUGAACAGGCUCUUGAAGAUCAGUUUGUUUCUGGGCGACUUUUAGCUUGUAUUGCUUCCCGUCCUGGUCAGUGUGGUCGUGCAGAUGGUUAUAUUUUAGAGGGCAAGGAACUGGAAUUUUAUCUUAAGAAAAUUAAAUCGAAGAAAUAAAGAGUUUGGAUAGUAGUUUUUAUAACUAAAAUAAAAA